AUGGUACCGAUUGGCGAUAAACCCAUUGUAUGGCAUCUGAUGCGAACUUAUUCGCGCUUUGGCUUCCGGAAGUUUGUGCUCUGUCUCGGCUAUAAAGCCGAAGUCGUGAAAUCAUAUUUCCUUAACUAUCACUCGUUAAAUUCAGAUUUUACUGUUUCGCUGAGUUCCAAUGAUGUUGAGGUCCACUCGGUGGAUCAUGAGGAAGACUGGGAGGUCACGCUGGCAUUUACCGGCGAGCUGAAUAUGACGGGUAGCAGGAUUGCGCAGGCUACUGGAAAGUAUCUUGGCAAUAGUGAACAUUUUGCGGUGACUUACGGGGACGGUUUAACUGAUGCAGAUCUUGGUGCCGAGUUUGAUUUCCAUCUUGGGCACAACAAGCUCGGCACGGUGCUGGGCGCCAACCCGCCAUCCCGGUUUGGUGAAUUGAAAUUGGACGGAGACGAGGUUCUGGCUUUCAGCGAGAAACCCGAAUUGUCAGCUAACUGGAUAAACGCAGGCUUUUUCUUCUUCCGUAAAGAAUUUGUUGACUAUGUCGAUGUGGAUCCUGCCUGCGUUCUAGAGCAAGCGCCGUUGAUUAAACUUGCCGGCGACAGCCAGCUGUCAAUUUAUAAACACCAGGGGUUUUGGCAGUGUAUGGAUACGCUAAGAGACCUGGAAUAUCUGGAUGCGCUCUGGGCGAAAGGUGAUGCACCUUGGUCGCCUUCUUAA